CUGGUGCACUGCGCUCUGGAAGGCUCUUUUGUCUACUUGUCUUUCAUGGGAAACAUUGCUGAUUCUGAUAGCUUCAUUGCUUCCUUGUGGAAAGAAUAUGGCAAAGCUGAUGCAAGAUGGGUUAAUUUUGACCCAACCAUUGUGUCUGUGGAAAUUCUGACUGUUGUCCUGGAUGGGUGUCUGGCAUUGGUCCUCAUGUACGCCAUAGUCAAAGAGAAAUAUUAUCGGCACUUCAUACAGAUUACUCUGUGCGUGUGUGAAUUGUAUGGCGGGUGGAUGACCUUCUCCCCGGAGUGGCUUAUGGGAAGCCCCAACCUCAACACCAACAAUUGGCUCUACUUUUGGGUCUACCUGGUAUUUUUCAAUAGUGUGUGGGUUCUGAUCCCAGGACUGUUACUGUGGCAGUCGUGGGUAGAACUCAAGAAAAUGUAUCCCAAAGGAACCAGCUUAGGGAAAAAGUUCCAAUGAAUUUUCAAAAAUCAUAAACAUUAUUUUCUAGCUUUAUGAGCCAGACUGGAUUAAACCUUUUUGUUUUGAUAAAAUUUAAUACAUUCCAGUCUACAAUUUCUUUUAUAUUGUUAUUCCUGAACAACCGACUUCAAAUUGAUUGUAAGAUGGCAAGAUUUCGUUGUUGAUUUAUUUUUCCAGUUAAAUGGCAAUAUAGGGAACAGAGAAUAAAUUUUAACUUGUAAUAAUCACAUAGUUAAUUAUACAUUUUUAUAUCUAAGAUUAAUUGUGCUAUGUUAAUAAAGCCAAUAAUCACAAAA